CCCGCGCUACGUGACAUCAUUGCUGCGCGCCGCGGCGACUGCAGGAGAACUGGGUCACAGACAAGGGUCGAUCAUCGUCUACAGAGACACCGCAUGGUUUCCCACCUUCUGAGUAAAGUUCUGCAGGGCGGGUCUACGAGGUCCCUCCAACGCUAAGGUGGCAGCCGCAGAUCCUACAUCUGGGCCAGUGACUGUUUCCUCGUGCCACCACAGCUCCAAGGAAAAACAAUGCCUUUGGGCAGCCUGCUUGGGAAAGCUUGGAAUUCCAGUCCCCUCAGUCUGCUGAGGCACUGUGCCAUGAGGGCAGCCACUCCUGCACCCUGCCACCUACACACCUCCUCGAGGAGAGCUGACAGCAGCAGGGCCUCACUUACUCGACUGCGCCGCCAGGCCUAUGCUCGCCUCUAUCCUGUGCUACUGGUCAAGCAGGACGGUUCCACCAUCCAUAUCCGAUACCGGGAGCCACGACGCAUGCUAGCGAUGCCCCUAGACCUGGAUGCCCUAUCUCCAGAAGAGCGCCGGGCCCGGUUCCGAAGACGUGAGGCUCAGCUCCUGCAGAAGAAGGAAGAAGAGCCAGAGAUGAUCGACAGUUUUGACACUGAACGAUACAAAAGGUUUUGGACCAAGACCAAGAAGUAAUUAUGUCAGGGUGUUACAUCAGAGACAUUUUGUAAGGAUGGGAGGCAUCUGUCUGUAAAUCAUACCUUCUUGAAACCAUA